AUGCCAACCCCCGAAUCCGCCGCCUUCCUGGCCAAAAAGCMCACCGUGCCCCCAACCUACGAAGGCGUAGACUUUGACGACAACGUCGCAAUCCACAAUGCGCGCGACGCAAUUAUCCGUGAGCAAUGGGUGCGGAGUAUGAUGGCCCGUCUUGUCGGUGAGGAGUUGGGAAAGUGUUAUGCGCGGGAAGGUGUUAAUCAUUUUGAGAAAUGUGGGAAAUUGAGAGAACGGUACUUGGAAUUGCUCAAAGAUCGCAAGAUUAAGGGUUAUUUGUUCGAGGAGAAGAAUUAUUUCAGCAAGAGCUCGUAA